AUGGGAAACAAUAGCAUAACAAUGACAAGUGCAAAUCAAUAUACAAUCAAUUCAAAUAAAUGUCAAAGUACCUUUUCAUCUAAUAAACAUAGUAGAACAUCACCAUAUAAUGUUAUACAAUCGAUUAGUAAAAAUUAUAUUAUCAUUGGUUGUAUAAGUCUAUUUCUUCAUUGGGUGGCAUGGACAAGUUGGAUGAUUGCAGCUGAAAGACAAAUACGACGUAUUCGUUGUAAACUUUUUCGAAACAUUCUUUAUCAAGAAAUCGGUUGGUUUGAUACUCAUAAUAUUGGUGAAUUGAACAAUCGUCUUAAUGAUGAUCUAGUAUCACCUUUGAUUAUUCUUAUGUACAAAAUAACUAUUAUAAUAAUUGUUAAAUACAGUGUCAAAGAGAUAGAAGCAUAUAGCUUAGCAUCAUCAAUUGCUGAAGAAGCAUUAGGAAAUAUUCGAACAGUAACAUCAUUUCAUGGUCAACAGAAAGAAGAAGAACGAUAUAGUCAGAAUCUAUUCUCAGCAAAACACGUCGGAAUUAGAAAAAGUUUAUACAUGGGCAUAAGUCAAGGUCUUGGACAACUUCUUAGUUUUUCAGCUAUUACAUUAACAUUUUGGUAUGGUUUGAAAUUGGUACAAACUGAAAGUCAGCAUUACACACCUGGAGCAUUAUUCGUAAUAUUGAACUCAUGUCUAAGUGUAACAACUUUCUCAACACAGUUUAUUCCAUGCUUUAACACAUUUGCAGAAGCAUCAGCUAGCGCAAGUUUUGUAUUUGAUAUGAUCGAACGAAAGUCAAAAGUUAAUGUUUCGGAUGACGAAGGAAAGAAACCAGAAACAAUCAAGGGUGAUAUUGAAUUUAAAAAUGUAAAAUUUAGUUAUCCUACACGACAAGAAUCUUGUAUUUUACAAAAUUUCUCAAUGAAAAUACUAUCUGGUAAAACGAUUGCUCUAGUAGGAGCAUCGGGUUGUGGUAAAAGUACUAUUAUUCAAUUGAUACAACGUUUCUAUGAUCCGGACAGUGGUGAAAUAUUGAUUGAUGGACAUAAUAUAAAAACAUUGAAUGUGGCUUGGCUUCGUUCACAUAUUGGCAUUGUUAGUCAAGAACCAGUUCUAUUUGAUGGAUCGAUCGAAGAAAAUAUUCGAUUAGGAAAAUUAGAUGCAACAGAUCAGGAAGUUAUUGCUGCAGCCAAAUUAGCUAAUGCACAUAAUUUUAUUAUGGAUUUUCCUGAGAAUUAUAAGACAAUAUCAGGUGAUAGAUUAAGUGGUGGUGAAAAACAACGAGUUGUUAUUGCUCGUGCACUCAUCUCGAAUCCAAAAAUCUUGUUAUUAGAUGAAGCAACUAGUGCAUUAGAUUAUAGAAGUGAACGAAUUGUACAGGAUGCAUUAGACAAUGCAAAACAAGGUCGAACAACAAUUGUUGUUGCACAUCGUCUAAGUACUAUUCGAGAUGCAGAUGCAAUUAUUGGAUUGAAUGAUGGACAAAUAGUUGAGUAUGGGACACAUGAUGAACUAAUGAAAAACAAAGGACUUUAUUAUGGACUAGUAAAUGAACAAGGCGCCGAUAAACAAUAUGAAUCAUCAUCUGAAACAGAUACGAAAGAAGAAGCUAAGAUAAUACAAUCAUACACUCAAAUAUUAUCUACUAUUCGUAACAAUAUCCGAGAAUUGAGCGAUUCUAUCGAAGAGAAAGAAACUGAUGAUACUGCAACAUCAUCGUUCGAUGAUUAUGUAGAGGAGAAACAAAAAAAACAGUUUCAUUUAUUGUUGAUGUUUCAAAUAUUAAAAUUUAACAUACCAGAAUGGCAUUGGAUCUUAAUUGGUAGUAUAGCAUCUCUUCUUUUCGGUUUUAUUCCACCAGCAUAUGCAUAUUCAGUGACGGGAAUUUACGGUUCAUUUGCUGAAUCAAAUGAAGAUAAACAAAAACGAUUAAUGAACUUUUUCACCAUCGGUAUUUUGUUUGCGGGUGUUGUUAGUGGACUCAGUCAAUUUAUUCUAAAUUUUUCAUUUGGAAAAUCUAGUGAAGAACUUACAGCACGCAUACGUAGAUUAACAUUUUCAUCCUUACUUCGACAAGAAAUGAGUUAUUAUGAUAUGAAAGAAAACUCUGUCAGUGUUCUAAAUACACGUUUGGCAUCAGACGUAGCAGAUAUUAAGGGAUUAACAGGAAUUGGUAUUGGUAUUCUUUUGCAAGGACUUAGUACAUUAGCAGCUUGUUUUACUAUAGGAUUUAUUUCUGAUUGGAAAUUGGCUUUAGUACUUUCACCUUGCAUACCCAUAGUGUUCUUGUCAAGCAGAUUACAAGGACAAAGACAAGGUGAUAUAAGUAAAAUACAAGAUAAAGGUUCAUAUUCUGAACAAGGUGGAAAGUGUGCUUCUGAAGCUAUAAAACAUAUUCGAACUGUAGUCGCUCUUCAUCAAGAAAAUCAUUUUAUCAACAACUAUGAACAAUUUUUUGAUCAAGAAUUCAAAGUGAAUAUGUGUCGCCUACAUAUGAUAGCGUUGGGUGCAGCUGUUGCUAAUUCUUUGAUCUUCUUUAUCAUUGCUGUUACUUUUUCGUAUGGUAGUGUGCUUGUUCAAAAAGGCGAAAUGACUUUUCAAAAUGUAUAUAGAAUGUUUGUAGUUAUCCUGAUUGCAACAGAACAAAUUGGUCAAGCAACAGGGCAAAAUUUAGAUUAUUCUAAAGCAAGACAUGCUGCAAUGCGAAUUCUAAAACUAAUCAAGCGUACAUCACAAAUUGAUCCUUAUGAUGAUUCAGGAAUUAUUUUAGACAAGAUCACAGGUCGAAUUGAAUUUCAACAUGUCUAUUUUCGAUAUCCAUCAAGACGAAAUGUUCAAAUAUUUAGGGAUUUUUCAUUAACAUGUGUAGAUAAUAGUUCUAUAGCUCUUGUUGGACCAUCAGGGAGUGGAAAAUCAACAGUAAUUGAUUUGUUACAACGAAUCUAUGAUCCAUUAAAAGGAAAAAUUCUUUUUGAUGGUCAUGAUAUUCGUACACUUAACAUUCAAUGGUUUCGUUCAUUGAUGGGUGUUGUUCAACAAGAACCAGUUCUAUUCAAUAUUUCAAUACGUGAUAACAUAGCUUAUGGUGAUAAUAGUCGAGAAUUAUCUCAAGACGAAAUAGAAAAAGUUGCUCAAAUAGCCAAUAUUCAUGAUUUAAUUAUAUCAUUACCUCAAGGUUAUGACACAUUAUGUGGAUAUAGAGGUAAUCAAUUAUCUGCUGGACAAAAACAAAGAAUCGCCAUAGCUCGUGCCUUAAUUCGUUCUCCAAAUAUUCUUCUUUUUGAUGAAGCAACAUCAGCAUUAGAUAACAAGAGUGAAUCAAAAAUUCAAGAAGUAUUAGAAAAUGUGCGAAUGAAUCGAACAAGUUUGACAAUUGCUCAUCGUUUAUCAACGAUUCAAAAUUCAGACAAAAUUUUUGUUAUUGAUAAAGGUCAAAUGAAAGAAGAAGGUACACAUAAUGAACUAUUGAAAUCAAAUGGAAUCUAUUCAAAGAUGUCCAUUGUUAAAGAUCGUAGCAAAAAAUUAUCGGUUAUUAAAUCUCAACGGCUUUUGGGUAAUUUGAAAAAUACAGUCAAUGACCCAACCCUUGCAUUAGCUAACAAUACUCAAUCAAAUACAAAUCUAUCAAGAUCAGUCUCAUUAACAAUAUUAGAUCGUUGUAGAAAUGAAACACAUCUUCGAACAAAUCUUAAUGAAAAAAUUAAAUUAAUAAUACCUCAUGAUCCAAAUAAAAUUAUUCCAUCAAUGACUUUACAAAAUGUAACUUCCAUUCAAAAGAACUCUCAUUAUCAAAUAUUUAAUUUUCAUUUUAUCAAUCUUCAACAAUCACAAUGGAAUAAUAAUCGAAGUGUUUCAUUAAUUUUUGAAAUGAAAUCUUUAAAUAUCAAUCAAAGUUUAGCAAAUGAUAAAUUUUAUAAAUGUUUUCUUAAUAAUGAACAAACACUUGGCCAUCAAUCAAUUAAAUUUGGUUUACGAGAAUUAAAUUUAACGGAAUAUGAAACUUUUUGUAUAACAUGUUGUUAUUAUUUAAAUAAAAAUUUGAUUUGGAAAACAGAUGGAAUAUUAGUUGGAUCUGAAACGAAUCAUUAUCAAACUCAAUGUUUUCCAAAUUAUUUAACAAUAUUUGCAGGUGGAUUUCUUGUUUUACCAUUACCUAUCAAUUGGAAUGUGUUUGAUAAUGCUGAUUUUUCAAGAACUAAAACAAUUUAUUUAACUAUUAUUUGUAUUUGUAUACUUUAUAUAUUAAUAGUUAUCUAUGCACGUUAUAAAGAUAAAAAAGAUCUUGAAAAAUUAGGUGUAACACCAUUAUCUGAUAAUUAUUCUACUGAUCAAUAUUUUUAUCAAAUGAUUGUUUUUACUGGUCAUCGAGCAAAUGCUGGAACAAAUUCAAAAGUUCAUUUUAUUCUUGCAGGUGAAGAAGAUGAAACAGCAGUUCGUACUUUUUCUGAUCCACAUCGAAAAAUUUUGCAACGUGGUGGAAUCGAUGCUUUUAUUAUGGCGGUUCCAAAAUCAUUAGGACUAUUGAAUUAUAUGCGUAUUUGGCAUGAUAAUAGUGGUCAACAUGAUAAAGCAUCAUGGUUUCUUAAAUAUAUUAUUGUUCGUGAUUUACAGACAAUGGAAAAAUCUUAUUUUAUAUGUCAACAAUGGUUUGCUGUAGAAAAAAAUGAUGGACGUAUUGAACGAAUUUUACCAAUAGCGGGUGAAUUACAAAAACAUGAAUUUUCUUAUGUGUUAUCAAAACAAGCAUAUCAUAGUAUAACAGAAGGUCAUCUUUGGUUUUCAAUAUUUUCUCGUCCACCAUCAAAUAAAUUUACAUGUGUUCAACGAUGUACUUGUUGUUUUGUAUUACUUUUUACUGCAAUGCUUUUAAAUAUUCUUUAUUAUGAUCAAACAAAUGAAACAAAUACAAAUCAGACAGAUGGAAGUUUAUCAUUUGGUCCAUUCUAUAUCAGUUCUCAACAGAUUAGUAUUGGUAUAAUUGUUGAAAUUCUUUCAUUUUUUCCAAGUUUAUUACUCGUUCAAUUCUUUCGACGAAUAUUACCUCGACAAUCUAUAAAAUCAAAUAAAACGAAACGAUCACAACUGAUGUUUCCUUGGUGGUGUUUAUUUUUUGCUUAUAGUUUAUCAUUUAUAUUAGUCCUGGUAUCAUCAUUUUUCAUAAUCGUUCGUGGUAUUCAAUUUGGUGAUUUAAAAACACAAAAAUGGUUAACAUCACUUCUAAGUGGUUUCUUUUCCUCCAUAUUUUUAAUUCAACCAUUAAAAAUUGUUGCAUUAGCAAUUUUCUUUGCUUUUUUUAUUCGAAAAUCAGACAAAGAUAACGAAGCAGCUGAAUAUUUGGAUGAUAAUGUUGAUUUAAAUCAUAAUGAAGAAUAUUUACAUUCAAGAGAAUCUCCAUUGACUUAUUGUUCACAAACUCGUAAUGUUCGUUUAAAUGAAAGUGAAUUAGCUUGUAUUCGUGAUCAACGUUUAAAAGAAAUACGUAUGUGGGAAAUAAUACGAGAAAUUGUAUUCUAUUUCUUUUGUCUAAUCUUGAUAUAUCUUAUUACUUAUACAAAUAUGAAUUCAAAUGCUUUUUUUCAAGUAAAUCAUUUACAAAAAUAUUUUUUAAAUACAAAUCAGAUUGAUAAUGAUUAUACGAAAAUUUCUACAAUUGAUCAAUAUUGGAAUUGGUUAGAAAAUAGUUUUAUUUUAAAUAUUCAUGCUCAACAAUGGUAUAAUGGUGAAGCACCUGAAAAUUUAAAUGGUUUUAUUAAUGAUAAAUCUAAUCGUUUAAUUGGAAGAGUUCUAAUGAGACAAUUACGUGUAAAAACAAGUUUAUGUCCUACAAAAUUAUCUUUAAAAUGUAAUGAAGAUUAUAGUUUUUUUAAUGAAGAUAAAAAUUCAUAUACUCCUGGAUGGUUAAAUCAAACAAAUGAGUAUUCAAAUUCUUCAAUUAUUCGAGCUUUCCUAUAUGACAAUGGAGAGAAUUAUGAUCAAUAUAUAUAUAUUGGUAAAUAUGGAACGUAUAAUUCAGGUGGUUAUAUAUAUGAAUAUCAAGGUCGUUUAUCUGAUAUUCAUAGUAAUUUAUCUGAACUUCAUCGAUUAAGUUGGAUUGAUAGUCAAACACGAGCAAUUCUUCUUCAAUUAACUUUAUAUAAUCCAAAUGUUCAAUUAUUUACUUCAGUUAAAUUUCUUACAGAAUUUUUACCAACAGGUGGUUUAUUACCACAAUAUCGUGUUGAACCAAUAACUUUUCAAGUUUUUAUAUCAUCAUUUCAAUUAAUUUGUACAAUAGUUUAUAUGUUCUUUAUAAUUUAUCAUAUGAUAAUAGAAAUAAAAAGUGUUCUUCGAAUAAAAUUAUCUUAUUUUUAUAAUUUUUGGUCUGAUAUUGAUAUUGGUAUCAUAGGUUGUUCAUGGGGAAUAUUAGGAGUUUAUAUAUGUCGAUAUCAACAAACAAUUUCUAUUGGAAAUCGUUUUCAACAAACAAAUGGAUAUGCUUAUAUUAAUUUACAAGUACUUAUAUGUGUUAAUGAUAUAUUAACUUAUUUACUUGCAUUUUGUUGUUUUUUUGGUACUUUAAAAUUUCUUCGUCUUUGUCGAUUUCAUCAACGUUUAUUAUUAUUUACAAAAACACUUCAAUAUGCUAAAAAAGAUUUAUUUUCAUUUAUGUUUAUGUUCUUAUUUGUAUUUAUGGCAUUUCUUACAUUAUUUUAUUUAUUAUUUUCUGAUAAAAUUUCAAGUUGUUCAACAUUAUUACAUACAGCACAAACGCUUUUUGAAAUGAUGUUAAUGAAAUUUGAUGCAUAUGAAUUAACAAAUGCUGCACUAAUGCCUGAAUUCAUUUAUUUUAGUUUAUUCUUCUUAUUUGUUAUAUUUAUCUGUAUGAGUAUAUUUAUUACUAUUAUUAAUGAUACUUUUCGUAUCGUUCGCAAUAAUACAAAAAUUAAGUACAAUGAAGAUCAGACAAUUUUUGAAUUUAUGCUUCAUAAAUUUCAACAUUGGGGAUAG